GGAACGGAUUUGAAUUUUUUUUUUUAAAGGAGCACCGUCAGCCUAAAGCGAACAACAACCAUAACAUUGAGAUUGCAUUUCGUGGCGAUCAUUUUCUUGAGCUUAAGAGACUGUGGAAGUAAAGAACUGCAGCGAGCAAAAAUAUACAUUUUCAGAAGAAAAAAAUCCAUUCUUUCUGUGAGUGAGUGAAGAAAUCAGUUUGCAGUUUGUUUGAGAGUUGUUGUUAGUAAUGGAGAGAAACACACCAGUAAGAAGAACACACACUAAUACAUCAGAUCUGCUUGUAUGGCCUGAAAAUUCAUCUCAAAAUUCUUCACUUUCUGCUGAAAAUUCUUCUGCUUCACGUUCUCAUCAGCCUUCUGAUCGGAUUGGUAAAGUAAUUUUCGGAGGUCAAGUUACCGAAGAAGAAGCUGAAAGUUUGAUGAAAAGGAAGCCAUGUUCAGGAUAUAAAAUGAAGGAGAUGACAGGAAGUGGGAUCUUUGUUGGUGAUGGUGAAAAUGGUGCAUCAGAAGCUGGUAGUGCUAAACGUGUUUAUCAGCAAGCGGUUACUGGAAUAAGCCAAAUUUCAUUUAGUGCUGAUGGAAGUGUUUCUCCCAAGAAGCCAGUCUCUAUUCCUGAAGUGGCGAAGCAACGAGAACUAAGUGGGAAUCUGGAAACUGAAGCAGACAAGAUGAAGAAGCAAUUAUCCGAUGCAAAGUGCAAAGAGCUUAGCGGGAAUGACAUCUUUGGUCCUGCUCCCGAGAUUGUGGCUCGACCAGUUCCCGCAGCUCGUACCUAUGAAAGCAAAGACAUGGGAGAACCUGCACCGAGAAAUGUACGCACAUCUGUAAAAGUCUCCAAUCCUGCUGGGGGACAAAGUAACAUCUUGUUUAGCGAGGACACUCCAGUAAAAACCGCAAAGAAGAUACAUAACCAGAAAUUUCAAGAGCUGACUGGAAAUGACAUAUUCAAGGGAGAUGUUCCUCCAGGAUCAACUGAGAAACCUCUUAGCUCAGCAAAACUGAGAGAAAUGAGCGGCAGCAAUAUUUUUGCAGAUGGAAAAGCAACUUCUAGAGACUUCCUUGGUGGUGUUCGUAAGCCACCAGGUGGUGAAAGCAGUAUUGCACUAGUUUAAACAUUAAUGCUUAUUAACUUUGGACUCUCAACUUAUGUUAACUUUAUUAUCCAGUGAUUAUGGGGUUUAGGGUGCUGUGACCAUGCAGAUGGAUUUCUGGUUUACAUUUUAUAUUGUAAAAGUCUAUAAUCCAGCUGAUUAUGGAGUCUAGGGUUCAUCUAAACCAGAACGAAAAACUAUUGCUAUUUUAAAGCCGACUUGUUAUUAGUUUAAUUGGGGUUCUGGUCUGAAA